AACUAGUGUAUGGAUUGGUUUGACCCUCUGUUCCGUCUCCAUUGGAGCAGUGGUUUUUGAGAGACAGGAGCUAGCAAUGGUUGCACCAUAUCCACCAGCUGGACUUACACCGAAUCCUCCCUUCGAUUUGCCCACAGAAGAGCAGCCAGUGGCGUUUCCCGAACCGGAUGUAACUUACGGACCACCAGAUCAGACUUAUGGACCACCAGAUCAGACUUAUGGGCCACCAGAUCUGACUUAUGGACCACCAGACGCAGAGGAAGUGGAGGUGGUGCCCGCUGAGACUUAUGGCCCACCAGCUGAGACAUAUGGACCACCACCACCAACAGCACAGCCAGCCAAUGACCCCGCUGCAGCUAGUCCACCACAAAGUGCUGCCCUCAUUAAUCUGGCCAGUCUGCCGUUGCCACCUCAAGCGCAAUUUGUGCUUCCUUUGCUUAAUCGUUUCACGGCCUUCCGUAAUCUACGCACCGCUAGCGCUACUCCUCAACGCCCUAAGCCGGCCAAGCUGCAGGCACGUCCUCAGGCCGGGUCUAGACCACGUCCAGCCAAAAUUAUCAAUGGAAAUGCUGUUUUUCCCUCCACCCAGUUGGCUUUGCCAUUCGCAGAUCGCCGUAUUCCCUUCCGACCAGCACGCCUUAUAGUUAAUGGCCCACUUAGGCGUAGACUCAAUCAUUAAUACAAUU